UUGAGACAGUGUUGUUCUGUAACGUUUUCUCAUUGUAUGAAAAACAUAUAGUUGUCGUGAUUAUUACAUUGAGUCGAUUACCAGAGGCAGAGUCUCGCGCGUUCUCUGCUGUGGUGUUACAAAAAAAAAAAAAAAAAAAAACUGGAUUUAUUUGAGAAAUCAAGCGAACAGUAUAUGCAGAUCAGACUCUGUCAGACAGUCAGCGUGGCAGUGUAGUUAGUUGCUGUGCUGCCGGAAGACAGUACAGUGUUACGGUGUAUUCUAGUUUAUACUAGUACAGUUUUAUGUUCCAGGCCAAUAUCUACCCAAUCGUUUCACAAUGCUCUAUUUAAUUGGGCUGGGAUUAGGCGAUGUCAAAGACAUUACAGUAAAAGGAAUGGAAAUUAUUAAAAAGUGCACCCGAGUUUAUUUAGAAGCAUACACAUCCAUUCUGACUGUGGGGAAGGAAGCACUGGAGGAAUUCUAUGGCAGGGAGCUGAUUUUGGCUGAUCGGGAAAUGGUGGAACAAGAAGCCGAUGAGAUUUUGAAAGAUGCUGACGUUGCUGAUGUGGCCUUUCUGGUGGUUGGUGACCCGUUUGGUGCAACCACUCACAGUGACUUGGUCCUGCGGGCUGUGAAAGCUGGGAUUUCAUACAGGGUCAUCCACAAUGCCUCCAUAAUGAACGCCGUUGGGUGCUGUGGAUUGCAGCUGUACAAUUUCGGAGAGACCGUGUCUGUAGUGUUCUGGACAGACACUUGGAAACCAGAAAGCUUUUAUGACAAAAUCAAAAGGAACCGACUCAACGGAAUGCAUACUCUUUGCUUGCUUGAUAUCAAAGUCAAGGAGCAGUCUGUAGAAAAUUUAAUAAAGGGCCGGAAGAUUUAUGAGCCUCCCAGGUACAUGAGCGUGAACCAGGCAUCGGAGCAGCUGCUGGAGAUCAUCCAGAACAGGAGGGGGCAGAGCGAGAAGCUGGCGCUCUCUGAAGACACAAUAUGCGUGGGACUAUCCAGAGUUGGUGCAGAGGACCAGAAGAUCUUGGCUGGCCCCCUGAAAGAGAUGGCAUCGGCGGAGCUGGGGGGCCCCCUACACUCAAUGAUCAUCUCCGGGCACCUGCACCCUCUGGAGAUCGACAUGCUGAAACUGUUUGCUGUCAGCGAAGCAAGUUUUGAGAAUCUGAAAAUGACAGACAGCUCAACUUUUACAUCCUAAAGUGACCUAUACAUGUAUGGAUGGAUGUAAAUGGUUAAGAAGCAAGCUGGAGUGUUUUCUAAGCUGGUCGAUGGAUUGUGUCACUGGCAGGUCUCUCCUGAUGGUGGAGAGGAGCACAAGAGAACAGAACAGAUGAUUGUAUUUUCUCACAGUGAGUGCAGGAAUGUGCAGGAACUCUUCACUGGUUAAUGGCCUGUGUCAGGAAAUGGCCUCUCCCCACUUCCUUUACUAAAGUGUCAUUUUGCUUUGAAAGUUACUGGACAAUGAUGACAAACUAAAAUAGAUAAUGGAUUGUUUAUCUUCUCUCACUCCCAGGGAAUAUUAUUUCUUGUUGGUAUUUCCUGGUGAAUUUACCCCUUUUGCCCCUUUCUCUGUAUAAAAAUGCAAAAAGUACAAAACAGUUUGUGUCUGAUAUGCUGGUUCCAAUACAAACACUUGGAAUGUACAGCACUAUUUUCAUAGAAAAUGAAACCAAUAUUCAUACUGGGUUUGUUAUGACUUCCUUAUUAACUCCUAUGUUGCUAAUGGUGGUUGGGGGCAGUUUUGAAAUGACUGAAAAUAAAAAUAAAAAAUUCCCAUUUACAUUUCAGGCAUGUAUGGGGGGAGGAGCUUUGGGUCAAAUCCUGGUCAUCAUACUUAAUACAUUUGAAUGUUAAAAAGUUUGAGCUCAGCAAGGAUAACAGCAAUAUGUACUCUACUAAAGACCAUCAAAAGGUGUUUCCAGUUAGUUCCUCACCAGGGCUUUUUUCAGCAAUGUAGUACUAAAGGUAAGAAUCUCACCCGUGCCAUUGCCACUAAUUCAUCUGCUAAUACCUUAUUUGAGAUAUUGGUUUCCAGAUGAUAAAGACUGAACACUUCAUACAUGGUACACAACUGUAUUCUACAACAUCAAAUAAUUGUAAUAAAUCACACAUGAGAAACCCACCAGUUACCAUUAAAGAUUUGUAAGAAUCCCAGCACAUCUUGUAUAUAGAUAUCCUGCUGUGCAUCGGACGCACAGCACCGUUCUAAAAUGAAACACUUUUUUAUGUUCAAUAGUAAUAAUUAUAUGAAAUCACUAGGAAUGCACCAAAUGUAUUCAUUCUUGUUAUUAAUGAUAUCAAGUGAGUAAAUAAAUUAACAAUCAACUCCAAAUUGCUUAAAUCCCGAAUGACUAAAAUCACUAAGUAAAUGGAUUACUUAUUUCAAACUACUAUCAAACACUUACAUUUUAGUUACAACAAAUGUGUCCCUUCUAAAAGUAAUUAUUUUAAUUCUUAACUUGAAGUAAAACAUUUAUAAUGUUAUAAUUGUAGGGUAGGAACCCCUGUACAGUUGGGGUUUUUACUAUGAAAAUGUAAUGAUUAAAAUUGUGGUUAGAUAUCCUAUGCUGAAUCUCCAGAGUUUUAGAAUAAAGUUUUGACAACUUUAGGGAAUUUUUCAAAAGCAGAGUUUCUGUAUUCUUGUACAGGGAAGAGUGAGAAAGGCCAAUGAAGUCAAGACUCCAACAUCUGGUUUGUAUUAAGAGUUACAUUAUUUUUUCUUGAAAACGAUAUGGUUACCUUUUUUUUUGCCCCACACAAAAUAGGUUUUACUUUAUUUAGUGGAGACAUUUUAUAUUACAUUUUAUGAUGUACUUUCCUGCUGUUUGAUUUACUGUCAUGUGGAAUGAAUUUAAGCAUGUUUUUUUUAGUAAACUUCAGUACAAAGCUUCCCAAACCUGUCAUACCAAGGUCAAAGUGAAGAGAUAGAAUCCCAGCCUGAGGUGAAAACUAUUUCACACAGACUAAAAAUACAUACAAGUUCCAUAAAUACAGUUACUUUUUCUAGGAUAUUCAAAUAUAACAAAUAGAUAGAUAGUAGGUCUUUAUACCAAGAGACUGCAUCUGUGUUUUGUUAACCACUAUCUAAUAAAUUGUUCAGUACAGAAGAAUGUUUCUCUCUUUUAAACUUUGUGUGUCACAAGGUUUACUUUAUUUCAGAGAUUUUGGUCCAACCUAAUGCAGUUCAACUAUGUUAUAUAAUUGUCUCAGCUGCAGUAAAAAUGAAGAUUCAUCUAAAGGAAGUUGUUUCACCUUUAAUGAAACUAUCAUGGGGUAUAUUUGCAGAAAUUUACUUUCAUUUUGCUCAUUUAUAUUUCUCUCAUGUGUCUCGAGCCCAAUUUUGCUCAUUUGAAGGUAAUUUACUUUGCAUCAAUUUUUUUUAAUAUGAGUACCAUCAUUAAACAAUGUCAUCUUUUAAUA